AUGGGGAGCGAGAAUUACAAGCCUCUGGACUGUAUCACUGUGGCUGAUAUAGCGGCGUUGGGUAUAACGCAAGAAAUAGCGGAUGAACUCCACAGCCAACUCGCCGGAAUCAUCCGAACUUGGGGCUCUGCAACUCCCCAAACUUGGCUUAACAUCACCGAGCACCUUCUUACUCCCGAUUUACCCUUUUCUUUCCAUCAGAUGAUGUACUAUGGCUGCUACAAAUACUUCGGAUCCGAUCCUCCCGCUUGGAUGCCCGACCCUGCUGGAGCAAAAUUGACUAAUGUUGGACAGCUACUGGAGGAACGUGGUAAACAAUUCCUUGGGACAAAAUAUGUAGAUCCUAUUUCAAGCUUCUCCGAUUUUCAGGAAUUUUCUGUAUCAAAUCCUGAGGUUUUUUGGAAAACAUUGUUUGAGGAAAUGAAGGUAUCAUUUUCUGUUCCCCCUAAACGCAUUUUGUGUGAGGAUCCUAGUCAUCCGGGGGGUAAGUGGCUUCCAGGUGCCACUAUCAAUCCAGCAAAAAGCUGCUUGACUGGUGCUAAGUGGAAUCUCACGGAUACUGCUGUAAUGUGGCGUGAUGAAACAGAUGAUGAGUUGCUAGUAAACAAGAUGACCCUUAAAGAGCUUCGCACAACAGUAUGGCUUGUUUCUCAUGCAAUAGAAACUCUGAAGUUGGAGAAAGGCUCUGCAAUUGCCAUAGAUAUGCCCAUGAAUGUUACUUCUGUGGUUAUCUAUCUGGCCAUAGUACUUGCCGGUUACAUAGUUGUGUCUAUUGCUGAUAGUUUUGCCCCCGAAGAAAUAUCCACAAGGCUCCAAAUAUCAAAAGCAAAAGCAAUUUUUACUCAGGAUUUCAUAAUUCGUGGUGACAGAAAACUUCCCUUGUACAGUAGAGUUGUUGAAGCUCAGUCACCAAUGGCGAUUGUAAUUCCCACCGGUGGCCCCACUUUCAGCGUGAAGUUACGUGAUAUUGACGUGUCUUGGCAGGAUUUUCUUGAGAGAGCAAAUGAUUCCAAGGAAAUUGAGUUUGUCGCUGUUGAACAAACAGCUGAGGCAUUCACAAAUAUUCUUUUCUCAUCAGGAACAACAGGGGAACCAAAGGCAAUCCCAUGGACUGCAUCUACACCUUUUAAAGCUGCUGCUGAUGGUUGGUGUCACAUGGACAUUCGCAAAGGUGAUAUAAUUUGUUGGCCAACAAAUCUUGGGUGGAUGAUGGGCCCUUGGCUUGUUUAUGCUUCAUUGUUGAAUGGUGCUUCAAUAGCUCUGUACAAUGGAUCCCCCCUUGGUUCUGGUUUUGCCAGGUUUGUUCAGGAUGCUAAAGUAACAAUGCUGGGCGUGAUCCCUUCUAUUGUAAGGGCGUGGAAAAGUGCAAACUCGACAGCUUCUUAUGAUUGGUCUGCCAUCCGCUGCUUUGCAUCCACCGGUGAGGCUUCUAAUGUUGAUGAAUACCUAUGGCUAAUGGGGAGGGCUGGAUACAAGCCCGUUAUUGAGUAUUGUGGUGGCACUGAAAUUGGUGGUGGAUUUGUUACUGGAUCAUUACUGCAAAAUCAAUCUCUAUCAGCCUUUAGCACACCUGCAGUGGGUUGCAGUCUGUUUAUUAUUGGGGAUGAUGGAUUCCCUAUUCCUCGAGACCGUCCUGGAGUUGGUGAACUAGCCCUUGGUCCACUCAUGUUUGGUGCUUCAAGCACUCUGCUGAAUGCCGAUCACUAUGAAAUCUACUUCAAGCAAAUGCCAAUGUGGAAUGGAAAAGUACUUAGAAGACAUGGCGAUGUCUUUGAGCGCACAUCACGAGGUUAUUAUCGUGCACAUGGCCGAGCUGAUGAUACUAUGAAUCUUGGGGGUAUAAAGGUAAGCUCGGUUGAAAUCGAGCGUGUCUGUAAUUUGGCAGUGGCUGGUGUUCUGGAGACUGCGGCUGUUGGGCUUUCGCCGCCUGGUGGUGGGCCCGAGCGGUUAGUAGUUGCAGUUGUGUUCAAGGAUACUACUGACCAGCAGUCAUUGGACUUGAGUGAUCUGGUUGCAUCUUUCAAUUCAGCCCUUCAGAAAAAAUUAAAUCCUCUUUUCAAGGUGUCUGAUGUGGUUCUCCUUCCUCAUCUUCCAAGGACUGCCACGAAUAAAGUCAUGAGAAGGGUUUUGAGACAGCAGUUGUCGAAAAGUGAUCAUAAUUCGAAACUUUGA